AGGAGACUCUGCCCCUCCCCCUCCCUGGAGCGUGACACUUCCCUCGCCCACUUCUCAAUUGAGCCCCGUGGAUACUGGUCAGUUGGUGCAGAACGAUGGACGAAAACUUUGUCAAAGACCCGCACCCGGUGCCCAAACUCUCAAGCCGUCGCCGCAGCUCGGUCAGAUCCAGCCUGCAAGAAGAUGUUCGUGACCUAUGGAGCACGGCCACGAUGUCCACAGCGAACGUGUCGGUAUCCGAAGUCUGCGAGGACUUCGACGAAGAUGGCAAACCUGUAAGCAGCAGGCCUCGCAAGUACAGCCAGAGCAUUUCUAUUAGGGACAGUCUCAACCUCGAGCCAGAGGAGAUCCAGCAGCAAGCACGUCUAGAGCUUGAAAUGUGGCGUGGCAGAACCUUGGAUCUUGGGGAGGAUCGCGAAGAAUCUGCGUCCUCCUUAGCAACGUCUACUUCAGAAUCACUAAACCUCAGUCUAUUAAAGCCGCAUCGAGCCUACUGGACAGAGCAGCAGGGCAAGCUGCCACUGCCUCUGAUGGAACUCAUGGAGAAUGAAGUUCUGGACAUUCUCAAGAAAGCCCUCAGUACAUACAGGUCCACGAUUGGCAGGAGCCACUUCAUGACUAAACAGCUGCAGGAAUACAUCAACGGGAUCAAGAAGCGCCGGAACAAGAGGCUGUACUUUUUGGCAUCCCCCUCGGAUUGUUUCUAGUCCCUCGAACCCAAGCUCAACCCCAUCUGCAUGGAAUUUGAAUCCUAGAGAAAUUAAAGAGUCUAUGCGUGGUCCCAGA